UUUGCUCGGCGCGAGCAAAAUACUGGAUGGAAUCAUGGCCGCGCGGCUCCAAGCUCCGUCAAGCAAGCACCAACCGAAAGGGAAAGGAGAUGCUCCGGAUAAAGAGGCAUCCAUCUGCUCCGGCGAUUCCGUGAUGGUGGCGUGGGGGCGCCCACCGCCCGCGUCGAUCGGACGCGGUCGUCCGUCCCGUCCCCACGGCCGCCAUUCAUGUUCCCCAAGUCCCCAUCGCCAUCGGUGUUCGCCCCUUUAAAGGCCCCGCACCCCCGCGCGAGGAGGGCGAUCACCGGAGACGGCGGCGUCGCUUAUUGCCCCCCGCGCGGCUGAACAAGAGCUCACAACGAGUCGCGACACGCACGAGCGGGCCCGAUGGCUAGCCUGACCGUGCCGCCGGUGCCGACGUGGCCCCGGCAGGAUGCCAUCGACCUCCACAGGGCGUUCAAAGGGUUUGGGUGCGACAGCACGACGGUGAUCAGCAUCCUGGCGCACCGCGACGCGACGCAGCGCGCGCUCAUCCAGCAGGAGUACCGCGCCGUGUUCAACCAGGACCUCGCCCGCCGCAUCGCCUCCGAGCUCAGCGGCCACCACAAGCGCGGCAUGCUGCUGUGGAUCCUGGACCCGGCCGCCCGCGACGCGACGAUCCUGAAGCAGGCGCUCACCGGCGACAUCACCGACCUCCGCGCCGCCACGGAGAUCGUCUGCUCCCGGACCCCGUCGCAGCUCCACAUCAUGCGGCAGACCUACCGCGCCCGGUUCGGCUGCCACGUCGAGCACGACGUCACCGAGCGCACCUCCGGCGACCACCAGCGGCUGCUGCUGGCGUACCUCGCGAUCCCGCGGUGCGAGGGGGCCGCGGCGGACCAGGCGGCGGCGGCGCUGGACGCGCGGGACCUGUACCGCGCCGGCGAGCGGCGGCUGGGCACCGACGAGCGCGCCUUCAUCCGCGUGUUCAGCGAGCGCGGGUGGGCGCACCUGGCCGCCGUGGCGCGCGCGUACCGCCACAUGUACGACCGGUCCCUGGAGGAGGCCGUCAAGGGCGAGACGUCGGGCAGCUUCGGCUUCGGCCUCCUCACCAUCCUCCGCUGCGCCGACAGCCCCGCGAGGUACUUCGCCAAGGUGCUGCACAAGGCGAUGAAGGGGCUGGGCACGAGCGACUCGGCGCUGAUCCGGGUGGUGGUGACGCGGGCGGAGAUCGACAUGCAGUACAUCAAGGCGGAGUACCACAGGAUGUACAAGCGCUCGCUCGCCGACGCCAUCCACUCGGAGACCUCAGGGAACUACCGCACCUUCCUCCUCUCCCUCGUCGGGAGCGACCGCGCCUACUACUGAUCACCGUCAUGUCGCAGAUGGGACUCCACGGCUGCCCUGCUCCGUCCAGGCAGAGCUCACUCUGCCUCCGUCAGCGAAGCAACCGCCAUUGCCAUCGUUGUGUCCCAGUGCAUCGUUUCAGGAUUCUUCUGUGUAAUCUUCUGUAACAUGUACCUGCGCAUGAUGAUUCUUCUGUGUAAUCUUCUGUAACAUGUACCUGCGCAUGAUGAAGCUUUGGCGUAUCGCAGCGAUCAA